AUGAUCAUGCGACAGCUGCUGGGCCUCGCUCUUCUGCGUGCUGCGAGUGGCAUACUACGGGAGCUGUACACCACGAAUGCAGCUUGCAAAGCCCAGUACUGCAUCAACCCAGUGUUCCCUGCUUUGCAGGAUCUACCGAGACUGGAAAAGCAAAGGUGGGGCAAGCACAGCUACACGAACUUGACAAAGUUCAUGAAGUUUUGUUCCGGGGCGGUGGACUACAACAUCGCUUUGCCCUUUAUCGACGCCUCCCACAAUGCCACCCGCACGCAGGAGCUGGCCAUUGCCCAAGACCGCCAAGCUGCGCAGACGUACUUUUUUCAUCUCUCAGCGAUGGGGAUUGAACCUUGGGAUCAUGAAAACCCAUUCGAGGACUCCGCCAGUUCAGAUCGGGCCUGUGCACGCGAAGUUGCAAGGAUGGCGUGCUUCACAUACCUGCCUGCUGCGAUCCACAGCGUCCCAGAUGGAGCUGAAGUCAGGUACCAUCGUCCUUGCGAUGCAAGCUGCCAAAGUUUCCUGCAGACUUGCGGCGUGGAAUGCUGCGACGAGAGCACCACUUGUACCUGGUCCGCCUCGGUUUCUGCGAACCUGCCAGAGUUAGAGGUGCCAGGACUUGCGGCUCCAUCGUCGACCUGCUGUCCAGACAAGGACAAGGACACCCACGAUGUUCAGCAAAGCACAGAUCGACCUAGGCAUACGCAGGACCAAAACGGCCACGAUGUGGUCCUGUUCCAGGGGCCCGGUCCUUUCUGA